AUGGCAUUCGGGCUGGUGGAGUUCGAAUCCGCAUGGAACGCUGCCACCGAUGACCGCCCUCUCUGCUUUGAAAGGCUCCUCCUCCCGGGAGUUCUCAAGGGGCAGGUGUAUCCGUCUCAACCCACCCAAGGCACCUACCUGGACCGACACCUGAGAAUCAAGCUGGGGCUGGAGCCGCCUGGGAAAGUGGAGUGGGGGAGGGAUGGGAUGCGGGGGUGGCGGCCGCGAGUGCUGUAUAUCACACGGCUGGGAGCGGAGUUGAAGCUUCGCCGCACCUUCCUACCGGAGAGUCAUGAAGCUCUGCUGAGGCUGAUGGAGGAGCUGGGAUUGCAGGUGACAAUGGUCGAGAUGGGCCAAAUGACAUUCCGCCAGCAAUUCGAAGCUAUUCAAUCAGCCGAUAUUGUGAUCUCCCUGCAUGGAGCUGCACUCACCAAUGUGGCUCUCUUCGCCCGCCGCACCACCGCAUUAAUCGAGAUAAUGCCGUACGGCGCUGUGCACGAGCUCUACUAUUCGCUCUCGCUUAACUCGGGCAUUCCGUAUUUUCUCAAGAUGUGUCGCAAGGCUGGCUUCUCGCUUUAUAAGAACGUCGACCUCCCUAAGCAAGCUCUGGACAGUAACGAGGAUGACCCAGAGCUCAUACUCUUCAUUCUAUUCACAACCGAUGUGAAAAUCAAGAGCAUCGCGAUUAUUGGGGGAGCAGAUGGGACCAGCCCUGCCAAGAUGCGAGUCUUUACGAAUCGUGAGGACAUUGAUUUCUCUGUGGUUAAUGAUCUGACUGCAGUGCAGGAAUGGGAUUUAACAGAGAAUCUUCAAGGCGAGCUUGAGUACACCACCAAAUUCUCAAAGUUUCAGGGCGUGUCCUCUCUCACCCUCCAUCUUCCCUCGAAUUUUGGGGGUGAUUUCUCUCGGAUCCACUUUGUGGGACUCAAAGGAGAGGCCACCCAGAACAAUCGGAGAGCGGUGGCUGCAGUUGUGUACGAAGCACAGGCCAACCCCAGCGACCAUGAGGUUCCGGCAGACAUGGGAGUCCCGAAGUCCUUUGAUGCAUCCUCCAUCGGAGUCUGUUGGGGAAGAGUAGCAUGGCAGCCGUUACCACCGCGAAUCGUUGUGAAGCUUCUUCAGGACAACAAAAUAUCAAAAGUGAAACUUUUCAAUGCUGACCCGCAAGUCAUGAAGGCCCUCGUUGGGUCCAAGCUGGAGGUGACGGUGAUGGUAGCCAAUGAACUGCUGAACGACAUGGCCAUGAGUCCCAAGAAGGCUCAGGACUGGGUUGACUAUAACGUCAAGAGAUACGCGUUCCCAGGAGGCGCCGAUAUAAGCGCUUUCAAGGAUUGGCUUUCCAGAUCUGCAAAUUAUCAUUGGCGAGAUUGGGUGGCCUUCUGA